UUUGAAUAAUGAAUGAAUGAUUAUGGAUCCGACCCGAAUAAAGAGAUCAAAUGAAAUGAAAUAGGCUUUUGCCUUGCCUUGCUUUUUUUUGUCAUUUUGGCCUGUGGCUUGAGGGGGUGAAGUGUUGAACAAGAAGACGACAAAAAAUAGGGGUGCAAGAGGAGCGAAGCGGCACGGCACGGCUACUAGAGUUCCUCCUCAAAUACAAUCCUUAUCUUCUCUCCAUCUCUCCCAAUCACAUUCCCAAUCCCAGCAUGGACAACGACCAACAACCUCCGCCCCCUCCACCGCCCGCCGCGGCCCCCCCGUCCUCGGCGUACCAGCACCUGCUGCAGCAGCAGCUUCAGAUGUUCUGGACCUACCAGCGCCAAGAAAUCGAGAAGGCCACCGACUUCAAGAACCACCAGCUCCCCCUUGCCCGCAUCAAGAAGAUCAUGAAGGCCGACGAGGAUGUCCGCAUGAUCUCCGCCGAGGCCCCGAUCCUCUUCGCCAAGGCCUGCGAGCUCUUCAUCCUGGAGCUCACCAUCCGCGCCUGGCUCCACGCCGAGGAGAACAAGCGCCGCACGCUCCAGAAGAAUGACAUCGCCGCCGCCAUCUCCCGCACCGACAUUUUCGAUUUCCUGGUAGACAUUGUACCUCGGGACGAGAUCAAGGAGGAGGCGGCCGGUAUUGGGCUGGUUGCCCCCCCGGCGAGCGGGGUGCCCUACUUCUACCCUCCAAUGGGGCAGCCGGCGCCGCCGGGGGUGAUGAUUGGGCAUCCGGCGGUGGAUCCCGCCGGCGGCAUGUACGUGCAGCCGCCAUCGCAGGCGUGGCAGUCCGUCUGGCAGGCGGCCGAUGAUGGGGCGUUUGCCGUUGGUGGGGGGAGCUCUGGACAAAGCAAUCUCGAUGGCCCACAACAAGGAUAAUCGGCUCAGGUCCCAGAUGCUGCAAUGCUGAUUGAUGAUUGUACCACAUCUCUGUACAUUUGUGUUUUCACGGCUUUAGAUUUUAUGUUGCUGAUAAUUAAUAAAAUUAAGGUUUUGUGA